AUGGGGACACAGGCGCUACCUUAUUCCCGUACUGAUCAGGACAGCCCGGCGCGAACGUGUCUCUGCCCAUCUUCCAUUGAGAGCCUGGAAGCGGAUCGGCAGCAGGGAAGUGGUGUCCGACCGUGCAUGAGCUUCGAACCUAGGGGCGCCAGUCCUAGAAGUGCACUGGCAAGAGCGCAACGCGGCGCAGUAUCCAUCCGUACCUACAUCUACAUUCUAGUGCCGGCACUUUAG